GUCAAUGUCACUUUGUCACGUAAACAAAUGCGAUUUCGGUUUAUUUAAUUUCAUAAUUUGUUUAAUAAAAUUGAAAGUUCAUUACUUUAUGUUUCUGAUAUCUAGUGAAAAACAAUGUUUUCUGCUUUAAAAAAAUUUACUAGAGGUGGAGAUGACCGCUGUGCAGCACCUGUACCUAUGUCUUCGUCAUUACAAAAGAAAUUCUCUCGUGGAGUUCACUUUAAUAUGAAGAUAUUGAUCAAAGGCGACAGAAAUGUUGGGAAGUCUUGUCUGCUCCAACGUCUCCAAGGUGGGCCUUUCAUAGAGGAAUAUGCUCCCACUGAUCAAAUACAAGUGGCUGCUAUUAAUUGGACUUAUAAAUCUACUGAUUAUAUUGUAAAGGUAGAGGUUUGGGAGGUGGUUGAUAAAGGCCGUACAAAAAAGAAACCACCACUUGGGUUAAAACUAGAAAAUCAAGCUGCCCCUGUUGCUGAAGAUGGUUAUGAAACACCGAUACUGGACGCAACAUUCUUGGAUGUGUACAAGAAUGCUAGUGGUGUAAUUCUAAUGUUGGACAUAACAAAGCCAUGGACGUUUGAGUAUGUGGUGAAAGAGCUGUCACAGGUACCAGCAGACCUACCUGUGGUAGUUUUGGGUAACCAUUGUGACAUGCAACAUCAUCGUCAAGUGCAUAUGCAUCACAUAGAACAAGCCCUUCACCAUGCCAAGAUGACCAGAACAGCACCAGUGCGUUAUGCUGAAUCUUCUAUGAGAAAUGGUUUUGGUUUGCGGUUGUUACAUAAAUUUCUCAGUGUGCCAUUCCUAAGGCUGCAAAGGACUAGUUUACUUGAACAGUUGCAAAGAAAUCAGAAGGAUAUGGAGGAGAUAGAGACAGAAUUAGAUGAUUUUCAAAAUUCCGAGGAAGCUCACUACAACACGUUUCUGGAUCGCUUGGCCAGCAAGCGGCGGCAGAGUUCGGGCGGCACGGAGCCCCGGGUCGGUGCGGACCGCUCGCCGAGUAUCGUGCUGGGCGCAGGCAAGCCAAUAAUACCGCCCAACGUCAACCCGUUGUUAGCACAAUCGCUAAACCCACCACCGAACAUUACUGGUGUGACCGAAGUGCCUGCACAAACGCAAUACGUGAAUCCCGAUCUGUUGAAGACCAAACAAACUGUCAGCGUAGAGAUGACACCGCCACGAAUACCUCAGGAUAGUACUCCAAGUACACCAUCGCUCGCAAACACAUCAGCUGCGUCUGGCGGUCUGGACGAAUUCUACGCCGGCACACUGGACAGCAGCUUCCUGGAAGACUUAGCUCCCAUGCCAAACGCAAACCAAGAGUAUGCUUAUGAAACCGACAGUGACGAAGACACGACUAAUCCAAAGGUCAAUGUAUACCUCGACGAUUUGGACAUAGAAGGCUCCCCACCGGUUGCGAGCAAAGUUGCCGAGUUAAGAACAACAUACCACCAAGAGCAUACGAGACAUUCCAUCAAAACUACACAAAGCGUAGACAACGAAGAAGACAAUCUGAACAAGUUGCUCAGUGCAUCGAACAUUAAUAAGGAUAAUGUUAGUACGGGCUUUAGUAACGAAGAGACUGAGAGUUGUAUAUCUGUGAAUACAUUGGACAGUAAUCAUAAUUUGGACUCGCUUGAUAACGAAUAUCCGCUUUGGGCGGGCGAUUCGAGCGCCCGCAGAUCGCCGGAAGGCGGUGAAGACCCUGAUGUUGCCAAAGAAGCUGAAGAAAAGACAGGGAAAAAGCAUAAAAAGAAAAAGUCCAAAGAUAAAGACAAGGGCGAUUACAGCGACAGGUCGGAUAGAAAAGAGAAGAAACACAAACACAAGAAUUCGAAGAGUGAGAAGAAAUCUUCUAAUCCCCAACAAGAUCUCUUAGCGCCCAUCCCGCCCGUAGACUUCAACUAUGACGAAUACGAUAGCAUAUAACUAAGGCUGUAUUUUUAUUCUCAUGUAAAUGACAUGAGAUUAUCUACGGAUAAUGCUUUACAGCGUUAUCUUCAUUGACGUUUGUAACAACUUUCAGUCGAACAAAUCCUGAUCACGGUAGCCAAAGCACAAACUUUGAUGAUCCGUAAUUAUAUCUCCAUCGUCAAAUUUUGUAUGGAAGUAGCCACUUUGUUCUUACGGUCGAUAGGGGCGUUGCUUAGAUUUCAUAUAAUAUUUGACGAUGCGAUACGAUUACGGAGGUGUCAAAAUUCGUGCUUGGGCUUCUGAGCUCACAAUAAUCAAUGUAUGUUGAUUUUUGAUGUGUAACAUCUUUCCU